AUGGCGGAAGUACUCACCCCCUCAUUCAAAGCCUUCAACUUGAAGACUGCUAGUACUUGUGGCUGUGUGAACAGAUGGUUAUGCGACAAUGAGGCUCGUGCAGUGGAAAUAUGGAUUUUGUUUGUUUCAGCCUACGAUGAAUGUACGUAUAUGGUUAGAGUAAGAGAUCUUACGAUGAUGGCCGACGAUGAUAACCCAUUCUCCUGCCUAGAAGCCUGA